UUAAAAAUUUAAAUAUAUUUCCCCAAUUUAAUUGGACUUCUCUCUCAGUGGCCUCAUCCCUGGAACGAACAGUGUAAUACGAAGAUCUCACUCUGCUUCUUCAGCUCUUCCACUCCACUCCACUCCAGGGUUAUCACUAUCAAUGGAGAUGCCAUCGAACGAUGAUCUGCAAAAGCCAUCAAGUCCCCCCAUUGACACCCAUCAACAUCAGGAUACUGUGGUUCCUGAUGUGCUGAAUCAUAUUGAUGAAGAGCCGCCGAAGGUUGAGAUUACCGAGAUUGAAGCCAGAGGCAUACUUGAAAUCAUUGCAUCCACCGGGAAGUUCUGGCACGAAUGGGACAAGUUAAAGGCCACCUUAUCCUUUCAGCUGAAGCAGGUUUUGUCGGAGUAUCCUGAGGCAAAAAUGACGGAUGAACAGCAAAAUGCUUCUCUAGGAGAAACAUUUAUUGAGUUGGUAAAAAGGUUGGAUGAAGUUCUCCAUAGCUUCGAUCGAGGUCCUCCGUUUACCCUUCAGAGGCUGUGCGAGAUCCUCUUGAAUGCCCGGGGCAUUUAUCCAAAUCUCUCCAAGCUUGCACUAGCACUUGAAAAGAAUCUCCUUGUGACAUCCAUGCUUACCAUCUCCACCGAUCCAUAUCCACAACCAACGGCAAUAGAGCCAAACGAACCGGAGAACAAACCGGAGAACGAACUGGAAAAGGCUAUCGAGGAACCAAAAAUGGAAUCUAUUUCUGCACAAAAUGGGGUAGAAGAUGCGACUGGUGAUAAAGAUGAAGUAAUGACAGAGGUAGAAGAAGCCGAUACUGUUGACAACAUGACAAUCGACAUGGAAGCCUUGGAGAAUUUUGUUGAAUCUACUGAAACAAACACCGCCCCCCCCAGCUCAUAAUUCUUGGUUUCCAGUACUUUGGCUCGCACAUUAAUUCUAGGCGCUUAGCUGUCGGUAUGGCAAUGCUGUUGGAUUCUGAUGAAGAUAAAUAUAAGGUAAUCAUAUAGGAAGGCAAAUUUUCUACGGAUAUUUCUUAUAUGGUCAUCUACUUGUACAAUUCAGUUCAUUGAGUUGAGGAGGACCCAUUCUGCUUCCUCAACAUUUUAUUUUAUAUUAAUUUCAGUUAGAUUGAGUUGUGUAACUAUACAUGUUUAGGGGCUAUAAAGCUGAAGUCUGUCUGUCUGUCUGUCUGUGAUGUCUUCUGUGGUAGUUAGAAAUUCCAAUAGUUUCUUGUUUUGCAAGGAAACCCAUCUGCAUUCAUGCUAUUACAUCACUGUAUUUUGUCCUAAGGAGACUGAUGAUGAUUCUAGUUUCAAAACUUGUCAUUAUUUUUAUAAAUGUGUUAAGAGAAUGAAGUGCAUUUGCAACUCCAA